UCGAAGCAGCCGACACGCCAUUCGUGGAAAAACGACUAUUACUCCAAUUUUUUUCGGAGCUUGGUUACACGUAAAGAGUAGAAAAUUGAACCGAAUCCCGGUUUGAAUUGUAAUGCAAAUGUCUGGAGAAAUAGCUGACUGUGUUUUUUGCAAAAUCAUCGUCGACCAAGCGCCAAGCGAAAAGAUUUACGAGGAUGACGUUGUAAUCUGCAUAAAAGACAUUAAACCGGCGUCUAAGCACCACUAUCUUAUUAUACCAAAGACCCACAUAGAGAAUGCGAAAACGAUGCAAGGCCCAGAGGACGAAAAGACACUCGAGCAUAUGGUCAAAGUCCUCACAACGUUAAGCGAAAUUAAGGGAAUUGAUUUGAAUGAUGCAAGGAUAGGGUUCCACUGGCCUCCCUUCAACUCCGUCAACCACCUGCAUCUACAUGUUAUUUCACCUGUAGGAAACAUGGGGUUCCUCGGGCAGAUGAUUUUUCUACCCAACAGCCUUUGGUUCACAAGCAUUGACUACGUCAGAUCUCGUCUACGGACUUGCAGCUAAUAUUUCCUCAACUUAGACAUGGCACAGCAUCUUGCCAAUCUUGAUUAUGGUUUCAGAGCUGGAACCAAAAUUAUGCAACAAAUGUCAAGGGCUGGCUAUUAACUAACCCUAUUAGCUAAUUUAUUCCAAAUUACAA